UCUUCGGGGUGUUGUCAGGCGCUGUGCCGAUUGUCCCUCGUCGCUUCCACUACUGAGGGAGGAGUCGGACGCGCCUGUCACGAGAAAGGGAAAACACUGGAAUCUACGGAGGAAAACCGGGAGAAGGUGCAGGUAGCUGAGGACAUGGCCUCUCCAACACAGCACCGCUCGAUUCUUCCGGCCGUGCUGGUGGUACUACUGGGCGUCUGCGUAGCACCUCUCACCGCAGAUGGCCCGUCCUCCCGAGCCCGGCGCAGGGCUCCCGCGCUGAAGAUGGACGAGGCGGCCGUUUCCGUGAUGAACGAAGUGGACACGGACCUGUUGCUGUCGGCGCUCUCCGACCGCUGCUAUCAGUGUUUGCCGCAGCCCGUGGGACUCGUGCCCGCCGCCCCGGGGCCAGGCGUACCGACCACGGCGAGCUUCACCGUGGGCACCCAGCACGCGCUUACCCUGCAGCUAAACAGCACCCCAGGGAACUCCGAGCUCUGCAGAGUGCAUUUCCACUUUGGGGAACACGGGAACUAUUCUCUGUGGGUGAAGAGUCUGAAUGACCCCGCCCAGGCCAACUGCACCAUGAUCACGGAGACGGAGCCGGUGAACAGCUACCUGCCCAUCCUGCUGGCUUUCAUCACGUUUGCUGGUUUCUAUGUGCUGGCUGCCAUUUGGAACACUGUCAUGGGGCUGGACUCUGUGAGGAACUUCCUCCAUCGGUUUGGGAGCACCCUGGAGGCUGAUAGACUCAUCAACUCCGAACUCGGUACCCCCGGGCGGAGUGAGGAGUCCUUGACUGAGGUGAACAUCCCUACCAGCUCUGGACGAAGACUUCACUCUCUAGACACCUUCCGAGGGCUGGCCCUGGUUGUCAUGGUGUUUGUGAACUACGGAGGGGGACGCUACUGGUUCUUCAGACACGAAAGCUGGAACGGACUGACUGUCGCUGACCUGGUCUUCCCCUGGUUUGUCUUCAUCAUGGGUACGUCCGUCUCUCUCUCCGUGAGUGGCGCUCUUCAUCGGGGUGCCAGGUGUUCCCAUCUUCUGUGGAAGAUCUGCUGGAGGAGUGUUCAGCUCUUCCUCAUCGGAGUCUUCAUCAUCAACCCCAACUACUGUGCUGGGCAAUUGUCCUGGGACUCCUUGCGUAUCCCUGGCGUACUGCAGCGUCUGGCCUUCACCUACCUGGUCGUAGCUGUGAUGGACGUCUUGGUGUCCCGCCUCCGUCCGGCCUCCACACCUACAGAGACCUGGUGGUACACCGUGCACGACAUCCUCUUCUGCUGGCCUGUGUGGGCACUUGUGGUCGUCAUGGAAACGCUCUGGCUGUGUCUGACCUUCUUGCUGCCUGUGCCCGGUUGCCCGAGAGGGUAUUUGGGCCCUGGUGGCAUCGGGGACGUUGGCCUUCACCCUAACUGCACUGGAGGGGCUGCAGGCUACAUCGACCGCUGGCUGCUUGGAGAGAGUCAUAUUUACCAGACCCCUUCCUCACGGGUGGUGUACCAGACCAUAGUGCCCUAUGAUCCAGAGGGAAUUCUUGGCAGUAUUAACUCUGUACUGAUGGCAUUCUUGGGCCUCCAGGCUGGAAAGAUUCUUCUUCACUACCGGGACCAGCACAGACGGAUAAUAAUGCGUUUCCUCAUAUGGGGAUUUGUUCUGGGGGUCAUCUCUGCCAUUCUGACCAAAUGCUCCACAAACCACGGCUACAUCCCCAUUAACAAGAACCUGUGGUCUCUGUCGUAUGUGACCACGCUGAGCUGCUUUGCCUUCGUGCUCCUGCUGGUGGCGUACUACGUGGUGGACGUGAGGAGAUGGUGGAGCGGCACGCCCCUCGUCUACCCAGGGAUGAACUCCAUCCUGGUGUACGUGGGCCAUGAGGUGUUUGAGGGCUACUUUCCCUUCCGCUGGAAGAUGAGAGACAGCCAGUCGCACGCCGAGCACCUGAUCCAGAACCUGGUGGCCACGUCCAUAUGGGUCCUCAUCUCCUACGUCCUUUACAGGAAAAGAAUCUUCUGGAAGAUUUGACGACUGCUCGUGAUCCGGCACACUGACCCGUGGGUCUCCAUGGAAACGACGCAACUUUCUUCCUCCCUUUCCCCCCCUUUUUUUAACUCCUCAUUCAAAGACCCGCAAACUGUGCGUGAAGGGUUCAGGACACGUGUCCCAGAUGGGCCACACGCACGCACGGGGUGUGCAUCAGGAGGACAGACGGACAGCGGAGGUGAGAACAGGCAGAGACGUUGUGGAGGGACACCUUUCAGGUGUGCUUACCAGGACAGCUGAAGGGAGGACGAUUUGAAGGCUUGGAGCAGAGGGAUUUCACAGUCGUUCAUCGUGAGAUGCAAGACUUGAAUGUUACUGGCUUUAAAGUCCUGUUUCACUAGACGGACAGUUCGCCCCACCCCGCUUAGAUAAAAGAUAGAAAAGGAUGUGUUUACAGAUAUUCGUGCACUAACACUUCUAAAGCAGGGUCCUCAUUACUAGUCGGGUAACCUGCUCUUCAAGACACUAAAAUAAUAAUGAAAGGAAGAACAGUUAUGCCAAUUUAAUAUAUAUUUACUCUUAUAUACGUUACUGCAUAAUUCAUUCUUGCAUCAGUUAAUGUAAAUUUGCCAAAUAAAACAUUUGUUCUAAGUGGAACUGGGGAAAAACUGUUGCCAAACUGGAAUAAUUUCAGGUGCUUGUUUUUGUGAAUGUGUAAAUUCUUCUGAUAUUCUAAUUAUAUUCUGAAAUUGUACUGCACAUCAUUUACUUUUUUUUUUAUAUUUUAUAGUUUUUGAACAUUAGGAAAUGCUAUUGGCAAACGUUUUUCAUUUAAAAAAUAAACUGUCUAACCUUAUUUUUA